CCCCACACACCAGUACUAGCGCUCUAGCGAUUUUCCCCACUUGGUUUCCCUCCUCUUUCUGCCUGUGCUUCUGUCUCUCUUCUGCCCUUCUCCAAGAAACCGGAUAAUCCAUCCAUCCAUCCGCGAUCCGCCCCGCCCACCCAAGGAAGGAACCGAUCCCGACUCGCCGCGGGCUCGACCCCCCGCGCCGACGGCUACGCGUGGCAGGCACAGCAAGCGCGCCGCUUCGCCGACGUCCACGCCGCCUGCUCUGGCUGUGGGCGGAAUGCGUCAGCUGUAGAGGACGGCCACGGCACCUUUCAGCCUUUUCCUCGUCUGCUCCUCCUCUCGGCCGGGCUCAGUCGGUCGGUAACGACUCCUGCUGUGCUGUGCUCCAGCCUCCGGCAGCGCCUGCUCCGCAAACAGUUGCCUCUCCUGUGCUCACCCAAGGGUCAAGGGGCCAGUCCAUCCAUCCGCCCGUCCAGGAAGGAAAUCGUUCAUCCCCAGAAGACAAAGCGAUCCACUUGGAUACCGGAUAAGCCCUGUCCUGGCGGCGUCGCAUCCCCUCUCGAUUCCCGCGACAGGUCGCAGUGAAUGACGACGGAAAUCAGCGGCCCUUGAAGCGAAGACUCCCCCCCGCCUUCGCUGCUCUCCACCGAUCCGACGAAGGCAGCGCUCGGGCACUGCUGCUGGUUCCCCUUCGCCCAAUUCGGUCUGACGCAGGAUCUCAGUUUCUGCGGCGGCGGAGUAGUAGGGGGCAGACGGUGAUUUUCUGAUUCUCUCACCUUGGCUCUGUGGACUAAAUGUGACCUGCAAGAGCUAAAAGUGGCAGCGAUUGACUUUCAGAUGAGUCCAUUUGUGCUGGCCGUGGUGAGCGUUGCAUUCCUCAGCUUGCGGUUUUUGCAGGCUCAUGGAAGCGGGUUGCUUCUGAGCUGUGGCUCGAACAGCACUGUCGAUGCUGAUGGGCGGAGAUGGAUCGGCGACAUAACCCCUGAGGGGAAUUUUACCUUGAGCAGCCCUGGGCUUGCGGCGUCACUGGUCGGGAAGAGCAGUUCUGAUGAGAUAUUCGGACCGCUUUACAGCUCUGCCCGUUUCUUCAACGCGGCAACUUGGUAUACCAUUAGUGUGCUGCCUGGAAGUUACUGUGUCAGGUUGCAUUUCUUCCCUUCGACCUUCGGGAAUUUGAGCGCGAACAACUCCGUGUUUGAUGUCACGGCAAAUGAUUUCAAGCUUGUUUCAAAAUUCAAUGCGUCAGAGGAGAUUGCUUGGAGAGCCUCUGUGAGCAAUUCGGUCACCAGCGCAGUUGUCAAGGAGUACUUUCUUGUAGUCGGUGCUCGUGGCCUGAGUAUUGAGUUUGAUCCAAGACCUGGGUCGUUUGCCUUUGUGAAUGCGAUUGAGGUCAUGCUGACCCCAGAUAAUUUGUUCAAUGAUACAGUGAGCAAAGUUGGCAGUCCAGUCACGCAGCUUCCUCUUGGUUUGAGGGGCAGAGGUGUUGAGACAAUGUACCGGCUGAACAUUGGAGGUCCUGCACUUAAAUCGCCCAGUGAUCAGUAUCUCCACAGGCCAUGGUACACUGACGAAGCGUUCAUGUUUUCUACAAAUGCUGCUCAGACUGUGUCUAAUGCUUCAAGCAUAGUGUAUGUAUCAAGCAACGAGUCGACAAUUGCGCCGAUUGAUGUUUACGAGACCGCAAGAAUCAUGGGCAAUAACAUGGUUGUGGACAAGCGGUUCAACGUGUCGUGGCGGUUCUAUGUCCACCCAAACUUUGAUUACUUAGUACGCCUUCAUUUCUGUGAGCUUGUCUAUGACAAGCCCAGCCAGAGGAUCUUCAAGAUCUACAUCAAUAACAAGACUGCUGCUGAGAGCUACGAUGUGUAUGCUAGGGCUGGGGGAAUUAACAAAGCAUAUCAUGAGGACUUCUUUGACAACUCGACGCAGCAGGCAGACACACUUUGGCUUCAGCUAGGCCCUGACUCCAUGGCCAGCGCUUCAGGUGCUGAUGCACUUCUGAAUGGUGUGGAGAUAUUCAAGCUCAGCAAGGAUUCCGACCUUUCUUAUGUGCUUGGUCAUAUUGACACGGGCAACCAGAUGGAUUCUUCAAAAGGGGGGAAGAUUAAAGGCCUAUGGGAAGAACUUGGUAUUGGCUCAGCAUCUUUUGUUGCGGUUACAAGCGUUGUUCUGUUCUCAUGGUGUUACAUAAGAAAGAAACGAAAAGCUGUCAACAAGGAGGCCCCUCCCGGCUGGCAUCCGUUGGUUCUCCACGAGGCUAUGAAAAGCACCACAGACGCCCGUGCAGCCAGUAAAUCGUCAUCGGCUCGGAAUGCCUCUCCCAUUGGUCAUAGGAUGGGAAGAAGGUUCGGCAUUGCGGAGAUUAGGGCUGCCACGAAGAACUUCGAUGAGUCCUUAGUCAUUGGAACGGGAGGGUUUGGAAAGGUCUACAAAGGUGAGAUUGACGAGGGCGCUACAGUGGCCAUCAAGCGCGCUAACACAUUGUGUGGCCAGGGCCUGAAAGAAUUCGAGACGGAGAUCGAGAUGCUUUCCAAGCUUCGGCACCGGCACCUUGUGGCGAUGAUCGGCUACUGCGAAGAGCAGAAGGAGAUGAUUCUGGUCUACGAAUACAUGGCGAAGGGGACACUGAGAAGCCAUCUGUACGGGAGCAGCCUUCCUCCUCUGACAUGGAAGCAACGGAUCGACGCGUGCAUUGGCGCGGCCCGCGGCCUCCACUACCUCCACACAGGAGCGGACCGAGGCAUAAUCCACCGGGACGUGAAGACCACCAACAUUCUGCUGGACGACAGUUUCGUCGCCAAGAUAGCCGACUUCGGGCUGUCAAGAACCGGACCAACGCUGGACCAAACCCAUGUCAGCACCGCGGUGAGGGGAAGCUUCGGAUACCUAGACCCCGAGUACUUCCGGAGGCAGCAGCUGACGCAGAAGUCCGACGUGUACUCGUUCGGAGUGGUGCUCUUCGAAGUUGCCUGCGCGAGGCCAGUGAUAGACCCCACGUUGCCCAAGGACCAGAUCAACCUGGCGGAGUGGGCGAUGAGGUGGCAGCGGCAGCGGUCGCUGGAGGCGAUCCUGGACCCUCGCCUGGACGGCGACUUCUCGCCCGAGUCCCUGAAGAAGUUCGGCGAGAUCGCGGAGAAAUGCCUCGCCGACGACGGCAGGAGCAGGCCGUCCAUGGGCGAGGUCCUGUGGCACCUCGAGUACGUGCUGCAGCUCCACGAAGCUUACAGGCGGAAUGUGGUGGAGUCCGAAUCGUUCGGGAGCGGCGAGCUGGGGUUCGCUGAUAUACCAUCCUUCUUCAGCCUUCCCCACGUCAUCAGGGAGGGGGAGGAGGAACACCACCACCGAUCGAAGAAGCCGUCAAGUAUCAGAGAGGAACUAGACACACAUUACCAACCCCCUCAUCCCUCCCAACAGAAAGAAGACACAGAGGUGUCAAGAGUUUCCUUGACAACUGUAUGAUGCAAUCUGCAUGGCCACCGUUCAUGCACCGCUGCCUGUGUGACCUGUAUAAAUGGCACUGAUAUAAUUACUGCCUUUGAGGUUUUGAUGUA